GUGUAGCUUGAGUUUGAGUUUGAGUUUGAGUUUGAGCUUGAGCAUGACUAUGACGAUGACUAGGAGGAAUUCCUUGAAGUGGGAGUGAGAAUUGAAAUUCUGAGAUGGUUUUUCAUUUUCUGUUUCAGUGUCUCUCUCUCUCUCUCUCCCUCUUCCUUUUCCUUUUCUUAUGUAUACCCUUUACCCUCUCCUUUGAUAUCUCUCGAACCCAUAAUCUCCAAAUCCCAAGAUAUGUUGGGUCUCUGUAGAUUCUUGUAUACGAAAACGACAUGAACAGUGUAAGCUUAAGUGGUCUUUUUCUCUUCGAUUUCGGCCCUGAAAGCCUCGUUUUGGUCCCCACACUCUCUCUUUGAACACACUCACAAGUUCUGCUCUUACCCAUCAUCCAUAAUGGCUAACCAGUCCUGUUCUUCUUCGAUCAUCAGUACCACCACCACCACCUCAAGCAACCCUUGGAAAAAAUUCUCUGAACCUCAAGCUGCAUUGGUAAUGGAUUCUGUUAUGGAUGCUUCGUCCUGGCCAGCUCUCUCUAUUCAGAGUGUUCCAUCUCCUGAGGUGAUCCUCUCGACAGCUUCUGCGAUUGUGGAAAUUGAGACUUGUGAGUCUAUCCCUACCGACAUGGCUGCAGCGAACGACAAUGAGUCUUCUUCGUCUUCAACAAUUGAUAACUCUGCUCCAAGGUCCGAGCAUACUGUAGUGGUAUCGAUGUCCUCAUCUUCUUCCUCCUCUAGUUCAUCUUCAAUGGCACCUAGGCCAAGGCAAUAUAGCUAUGCUCAUAACCAAAAUCAUCAGCAUUAUUCUUCUGGUCGAUUUGGUACGAAUCAGAGGGGUAGUGGAUUCAACUCGAAGGGAGGAAAAAGAGAUCAGAAUUUUUCUAAUAGACGUUAUCAACAACGCGGGUUCAGCAAUUGGAAUCACAAUCGCGGUGGGUUCAAUUCCAAUGCCAAUAAUAGAUUCAUAAAUUCGCAACAAAUCCAUGGUGGAUCGUCUGGAUUUUUUGGGCCACCACCACCACCGUUCCCACAAUCUUUUCCUCAUUCCACUCCAAUGGUUAACCCUCCAUACAUGAAUGUAAAUCCUCAACCUCCGCAGGCUCCGAUUCCGGGCUAUAUGCUUCCACACUUUGGGUACUACGGUAAUGCAUACUUUUCAGAGGCGUCAAAUCCAUUGUAUUGUCCUCCAGUGCCUCCUCUGCCUCCAGUGCCGUCCCCGCCACCUUAUGUGGAUGCAGUUGGUGGAGCUCUAACAUACAAUCAGCCUAUUUUCCCUAACUCAGAAGUUGAACUGUGCAACAGAAUACUCCAUCAAAUUGAGUAUUACUUCAGUAAGGAAAACUUGGUGAAGGAUGGUUACAUGAAGAGUUUGAUGGAUGAUCAAGGCUGGGUUCCUGUUCAUCUUAUUGCAGAGUUUAGAAGGGUUAAAGCCAUGACAAGUGAUAGAAACGUAAUAGUGAGAUCGUUGCAACCCUCUGCUGUUGUAGAAGUGCAAGGAGAUAAGAUGCGUAAACGUGGAGACUGGAUGAACUGGGUACAGAAUCGCUCUACAGACGCUCGAAUUAGCUCUGUCACAGACAUUUCAACGGGCAUUGAAAACAUUCAUCUGAGAGAAAAAGCUGGAGCUGAUGCACUUGUAGCUGAUGAUUCGAACUCUCUCCAUGCAUAGAUGAAGAAAUUUGAUGCAAGUUAGCAACCAAGGUAGUUGAUUUAAAAAAAAAAAUGAAGAAUGAGUUGAGUUGAGUUGAGUUCGAAAAAGGAAAUAUGAAAAGUGGGAAAAGGAAAAGGGAAAAUGAAGAAAACAUACUGACUUCUGAAGCCUUGUGAUGGAGCUGUACUAAGCCCAUUAGCAUGUUCAGCCCAGUACUGAAAGAUUUCACUACUUCCGCACGAAGAGGACAGAUAUGGAUGGUAGAGGUUCCAAGUGAAAACCCCAAUCCUUUUAACCUACAGAGAAGGCAGUUCUGGCUAAUGUCCAUAACUGUAUAUAGAAGUAUGUAUUCAAUGACCCUUCAUUUAUAACUCUUCUUUGGGCUAGCAUGGUUUGGAGUCUUAUCUUAUUAUACAGAUGAUGAUGAAACCAAUUUUGAGUGUAUCUAUCUGGCCAUAUGAAGAGGGAGGUUCAUUCUAAUCUGGGAUUCUUUUAUUAGUGUUGUCAAGAAUGUGCAGACCAUUAACUAUUGGUUUUUACUUUCUUUUGUAAGUAAACAUAAAAAUGGAUUAUUCGAAAUUGGGUUUGUUUA